AUGCUUGCCAAACCCUUUAAACCUUCCCUGAAUGAUCUGGGAGCAAAGCCCUUUAAACCUUCCCUGAAUGAUCUGGGAGCAAAGCCCUUUAAACCUGCCCUGAAGGAUCUGGGAGCAAAGCUCUUUAAACCUGCUCUGAAGGAUCUGGGAGCAAAGCUCUUUAAACCUGCCCUGAAGGAUCUGGGAGCAAAGCUCUUUAAACCUGCCCUGAAGGAUCUGGGAGCAAAGCUCUUUAAAACUGCUCUGAAGGAUCUGGUAGCAAAGCCCUUUAUACCUGCCCUGAAGGAUCUGGGAGCAAAGCUCUUUAAACCUGCCCUGAAGGAUCUGGUAGCAAAGCCCUUUAUACCUGCCCUGAAGGAUCUGGGAGCAAAGCCCUUUAUACCUGCCCUGAAGGAUCUGGGAGCAAAGCCCUUUAUACCUGCCCUGAAGGAUCUGGGAGCAAAGCCCUUUAUACCUGCCCUGAAGGAUCUGGGAGCAAAGCCCUUUAUACCUGCCCUGAAGGAUCUGGGAGCAAAGCCCUUUAAACCUGCCCUGAAGGAUCUGGGAGCAAAGCCCUUUAUACCUGCCCUGAAGGAUCUGGGAGCAAAGCCCUUUAUACCUGCCCUGAAGGAUCUGGGAGCAAAGCCCUUUAUACCUGCCCUGAAGGAUCUGGGAGCAAAGCCCUUUAAACCUGCCCUGAAGGAUCUGGGAGCAAAGCCCUUUAUACCUGCCCUGAAGGAUCUGGGAGCAAAGCCCUUUAUACCUGCCCUGAAGGAUCUGGGAGAUUAUAUUGUGAGGACACGCCUGGAGUUGGAGCGUUAUCUACAGACGGAGCCCAAGAGGCUGUCGGACCUCUUUGACGAGGAGCUUGACUGCCUGCUCACCCCGGCCUACCUGAAGGAGGACAGUGAAGAAGAACUACUAGACCCUCUCCUCCCCAGCCCUACUCUACCGCCCCUGCUCUGCCCCUCUCGGAAGCACCUCUCUGGGGCCUUGAAGUCUGCCAAACUUAGAGACGGGAUGGGGUUAGGGUCUGGAGGGGGAGGGGUACACCCAGCCCAGUUGAGCGCCGUCACCUCCCUGACUCCGCCCUCGUCCCCGGAGCUGGGACGCCACCUGGUCAAGCCCGACCCCCACCAGACUCUGACGGCGUCCGCGGACGGCACGCUCACUCUCAAACUGGUGGCGAGGAAGGUGGGGCUGAGCUCCGCCAUGCUGGCAGCGACAGACGCGCCACCACUGCCCACAAGGCGUGACACCACAGGCGGGCACAGCGACGGCGAGCAGGGGGGCACGUGUGUGAUGGGCGUGGGGGGUAUCUCUGAGAACAAGAAGAGGGUCCACCGCUGCCAGUUUAACGGCUGCAGGAAGGUCUACACCAAGAGCUCCCAUCUCAAGGCCCACCAGAGGACACACACAGGUGAGAAGCCCUACAAGUGCUCAUGGGAGGGCUGUGAGUGGCGGUUCGCCCGGAGCGAUGAGCUGACGAGACACUACCGCAAACACACGGGCGCAAAGCCUUUUAAGUGUGACCACUGUGACAGGUGUUUCUCACGGUCGGACCAUUUGGCGCUACACAUGAAAAGGCAUAUCUGAGGAGGUGGAGGGAGAAGAGAGGGAGAGGAGGAGAGCGAGAAGAGGAGAGGUGAAGAUGGAGGUGAACGUCACGCCUGUCUCUGUUGUGUUGAAAAGGGGACUGAGAGAGAGAGUUCAAUCAAAAUCUUGGUUGCAUCAGAUCAAGGAUCGGAUCAGCCUUGGGAGACAUGGGAGAGCAAGACAAACGCACAGGGUCUGUGGGGCUGCAUUAGGCACGUAAUCAUGGUGUUUGUGUACAGACAGAUAAACAGACAGUCUGGUCUAAUGUUGUUCCCAAAGCAGCUCUGCCUCACCCGAGUCCUGGAAAUCUGAUACUGCCAGAUUGGGAUUCUGCCUGGAGACAGUAACACAAUACCGGCUCACGCUUGUGUCCUAUAAAGAGUAAAAGAGUUGUCGUCCCAUUUUCUGUUGCUCUUUCAAAGGUUAUCUUAGUGUUUGGACAACUGCAAACAACCACAGGACAAGGCUACUUUGCAAAGCCAACCCAGUCAAACUCCUCUUGUAAGGAGUCAAAGGUCAACCGGAAGACAUUGACCUAGUCCCUGGUCAGACAACUGAUGACCACAUUGAACUAUAAUAUUCAUACUCCUAUUCUCCAGAUGCAUUCUACUCUGUCUCCUCUCUGCCUCCUCUCUGUCUCCUCUCUGUCUCCUCUCUGCCUCCUCUCUGCCUCCUCUCUGCCUCCUCUCUGUCUCCUCUGCCUCCU